AUGGCAGGUUUCGUCGCCUACUGGGCUGCGGCCGUAGCUGCUAUCGCCGCAGUAUUACUUCCACUCACGGCAGCGUUCCCGACACACGUAUGCGCAACCAAUGCCCCUCCGCAGCCUGACCUCCCCCUCAACAAUUCGGUUCUUGGCGUAGAGUCGCGCCCAUGGGGAUUGAUAUAUCUCAACGAGAAGAUUGCUUUUGCGGCUGUCAACUUCUCAAUCGGUGUAAUUGACACGUCUGAGCUCACUCCGAAGAUGAAAUACAUGCUUCCGCUUCCUCCAUGGUGUUUGAUUGGGAAUACCAACAUCACGGAGGAUGGGUAUGGAUUGCGCGGGCUCGCCCUAACGAACGACAAACGUAACCUUUACGCCGCCACGGGCUAUGGGGCUGUGAUCCUUGACGUCAACCGAGCUCUCGCCGGCAGAAGUGACUCGUACGUGGGGGUGUUAAGUAAGGACGGCUAUGUAGGCCAAAGCGCCAUUGAGGUGACGGUCAGCGCUGAUGAUAAGUUCGUGUUUAUCAGCCAAGAGUUUGGUAGCAAUAACACCUGGGGUCUUGGAGCUCUCGAAGUAUACAACGUCACCCGUUUGGCCAAUGGAACAGUAGCCAGCACAUGGAGGGGGUUUAUUGCCUUGGGUUACGCCACCAUCGGUCAACAGUUCUCACAGGAUCAUUCUCGGCUCUUCGUUACAAGUGAGAUGAAUAAUUCGGCAACAUCCUUGAAUGAUACAACGGGCAUUGUCAACGUUCUUGACGUCGCCACGUUGAGGCGAACUCCCGGGAAAUCGUUGGUCAAAAAGAUUGUAGCUGGAUGCCACCCUGUGCGCGCGCAAAUGUCCUUGGAUGGGAGGCAUUUGUGGGUGACGACGCGAGAAUCCAAUCAUGUACUAGCCUUCGACGCGGCGAAGCUCGCUGACAACACUACAAUGGAUGCACAGGUUGCCCAAAUCAACACGGGGACGUCUCCAAUAGGAAUCACAGCAAUUCGUGGUCAUAUUCUCACAGCUGACUCCAAUCGGUUUGGAUAUAGCAACGCAAGUACAGCUUCAGCACCCGUUUGUACAGCCGAGAACCUCGCAUCACCCGGGACAAAGCAGCCAGUGCCGAGCCCUCGAGGAUGUCUAGUCUCCGACUUAGGCCUCAUUCAAGAUCCGGCGCUCCAGUACACCGACAACCAGCUUCUUCAACCUCAAAACAACCAUGACAAGCUUACUGUGGAUGUAAACUUCCACAUCGCCAGUACCGAGGCGGAGGCGGACCUCAUCACCGACACUAUCGUGGAUGCUCAGUGGCAGGUACUGCAUGAGACGUAUGCAAGAUAUUCUAUCGAACUUGUGCUUAAUUCAACAACACGUAUCGUUGACAACUUGACUGGGUCAGCGUUCUUGGUAAAUGAGGGCCCGGAAAGGGGAUGGAUGUAUCACGAGGCGGAAUACAAUGCAUAUCUGGCAGCGUCGCGCCGAGGCGGGUAUGACACUCUGAACUUGUACUUCUUCAGCAGCUAUUCGCCCGGUGCAACUGGAUAUUGCCAGUUUCCUACCACUUCUGCGGUACCUGGUACUCCGGUAUUCUACAAAGACUCCUGCCAAAUCAGCGCGAAGACAAUGCCCGGCAUCACGGCCGAGCAGGGCGCAUUCGCGGAUUGGAAUCAGGGCCAUAUCGCAGUCCAUGAAACAGGACACUGGUUCGGUUUGAACCAUACUUUUGCUGGAGGCUGUUCAGACACCGUGGGUGACUAUGUCACUGAUACCCCCGCACAAGGAACGACUGUGUAUGGCUGUCCCGCCAAUUCGGAUUCAUGCCCGAGUUUGCCUGGCACGGAUCCGAUCCACAACUUCAUGGGUUACACUAGUGAUGACUGUACGAACGAGUUCACUCCUGGGCAGAAAGACCGGAUGUUCAAGAUGUUUUAUGGUUACAGGAGGAUAUAA